AUGGCGCAUCGAACCCCCACGCCGCCUUCAGCGACCGGCCACAUGGAGAAGCGAGUGUACGACGGCGUGGUAGCUUACCGGCAAUAUGUCACUGACAUCUCGCCGGAUACGGAGCUGAAAUCUGGGGGCUCGCACAUAAAUGGCCAACGGAAUCGAGAGACAGUACGGCGCGCAGGGCCUGCACCCGUGGAGCGUGCCUCCAUGUGGCAUAGAACGGGGCUGCAGAGGCCGAAUCCGCACGACGCGCUGACCUUUCCCAAGAGCGGCACCCUGACAACGCUGACAACGCUGACAACGCUGCUGUACAUGCAGAAUGCCGAGCAGGUCGUGUCGACGAUAAUGUGGGCGGUCAUGAACAGGGACCUCGAGGGUAAAGGGGACAAGUACUUGGAGAGGUGUAAGAUCAGUGAGCCUGCCCCGGAAGGGCCUAAGGGUAUUGAGCCCGGAUAUAUUCCAUGGGCUUAUAAUGAGUCGGACGCGAAGAGGCCGUACGCUUUCACCCCUGAAGCUCGUGGGCUUCGAACAAGAAGGGCGGAACAGGUCUCUUGUGAGCUUCACGGCUUCACUGUGCCGACAACUCUCUAA